GGGUUCGGGGAGGGAGCGCGCUGAGCUCGCCCCCGGCGCGCAGUGAGUUAUUUGGGAAGAGAGAGUAGGAAGAAGGAGACGAAGCCUGGCGGGGAGGCUGUGGGAGGAGGAGAAGAAGUGAUGGUGGCAUGGCUGAGCGCAGUUGAAGCGAGUCUGAUUCAUAGCAAUUUGUGUAGUUUAUUACGUGUCUGCUUGGCUUUCCCACUGGGUGGAGGAGGGCCCUUUCCCGGCGAGUAGACGUGGCCGAGGAAGAGUGGAAGUUCAGGUACUUCGGCAAACUUUUCCCGGCGGACUGGGGCUGAGAGCCAGUGCAGUUGGAGUGAGGAGGAGGCGUGUGGUGCGGAGCUCUUUGUGCCUGAGAGGAGGCAGGGUGCCAGCAGGCAGGCUCACUAACUGCAUUCUUUGUCCAAGGAGGGAAUGAGGGAGGGCAAGGAACAAACUCCAUCUCCACACUGAUGGCAUUCAUGUGGCAAUGAUAUUACACAGACAGCUGAACGUGGAGGGGGUGAUUCAUUUCUUUGGAUUUCCCACAAACGCAACAGAGCAUAUAUUUAUAUGAUUGGAGCCGCCCAUGUAAAGUGGUAGUGACAUUCAAAGUUUCUUCCAGGAACCAUCAUUUGCUUAAAGAAAAAAUGUUAAAAACAGAAGGGAAAGGGGAUAGGACCCUGAGAAGUGCUUCACCGCACAGAAAUGCAUAUAAGUCUGAUUUCCAUGCCAUUAAGUGCUCAUUUGAUGGUAGAAAGCCAGAGAUCUCACCAAAGCCUGUGUCUUUGAAGUUUAGUACAAAUGGAGCACCAGCUGACAUUACCCGAGGACGGGCCUCGUAUGGUAAUCGGGUCCACAAGAUCAAGAAUAUGUUCAUGCAGAUGAGCUCAUCACCAAAUGAAGAGCCCAAGCUAAUUAAGGCUGAUUUUUCAUCUCUGCCGACCCAUGCAUCUGUUGUAAGUGUACAAAAAAAUAAUGCUUUUAAUGCAAGUGGGGAUCUUCCUUCUCCUGAAAAGGUGAUUAGGACAGGAGAGGAAGUGGACUUGGACAAAGUAGCUUUAGCAGAAAAAUUUUCUGAAACCAGGAAACUCUUUGAAAGAAACGUUAAUCGCCAAAACACUUUUGACAGCUCUUCUCCAACUAAGGAAGAAAAGUUAAUUAGCCAGCGACGGCAUGGGUCACUAGACACAGAAAGUUCCAGUUCUGACCACUCAACCUCAUGCUCCAAAAUUACUAAGAUUACUUCGCCUUCAUUUAAGAGUAAAGAAACAGAAGAGGCUUCCAAUAACCUAAGUCAAAGAUCCAAUUCAUCAACAUCUUCAUCCCUUAAUGCAGGGCCUAUAUCGAGGAGACUGGAAAGUUUCCUUGUAGAUAGUGAUGGGGAAGAAUCAAGGGACUCUAUAAAAAAUGAAGACCAUAUGGAAUUGUCUAGUAGCCCUAACUUAGAUCCUUUGGCAAAUGUCUCACAAGGGACUGAAAAAGAAAUUCAUAUUAAUUCUUCAUACAAGCUUAGUAGCCCUUCUGAGAACCAAAAUUUUGGAAAAAAACUGGAGAGAGAUGAGGACGAACAAAGAAUUAGUACUAUAAUCGAAGAUGACCAAGUCUUUCUUCCAAAUAACAAUAUAUUAUCAAACCAGACAGCAGACGAUUCUUUAGUCCCUGCAACUGAAAAACCAGUAGCCGGAAUGGUUAGGGCAGAGUUAGUAGUUUUACAAAAUGAGUCUUCAGAGAGUGAUGACGAGGAACAGAUUAAAAAUGACGUAUUUGAAGAUAUAAAACCUCUUGAUUUGAAAACCUGUGAUAUUAUGGAGAGCACGGUUAAACAGAACAAUGAGCAAACUACAGCGCCUCAAGAGGAGAACAUAAAACCAACAGAGGACAUUGAUGAUGAAGACAGUGAGGAAGAAAAUGAAAGUGAGUCUGAAGAACGCGUUGAAAAGAGCGAAAUCAUGUUUGGAUAUUCUAAUAGUGCUUUUGGCAUUGAAAAUGCAGCUUUUGAUGAUGAUCGGGAAGCAGAAGUAGAGGACCGGUCUGGUGACUCCAAAGAUGAAUUGACCACUGAAUAUGAGAAUUAUGGAUUUGGUAGUGACUGUGAAGAAGUACCAGGACUGUCUGAAGAGGAAGACCUAGCACCUUCUCGAAAGGUGAAGUUCUCUACAGCUCCAAUAAAGGUUUUCAGCACAUUUUCAAAUGAAGAUUAUGACAGACGUAACGAAGAGGUUGAUCCAGUCGCCGCCUCUGCAGAAUAUGAGUUGGAGAAGAGGGUAGAAAAAAUGGAUGUUUUUCCAGUAGAGAUUGAAAAAGGUGACAGUGGCCUUGGCAUUAGCAUCAUUGGUAUGGGUGUUGGCGCAGACCAGGGCUUGGAAAAGUUGGGAAUAUUUGUGAAAACUAUUACUGAAGGAGGGGCAGCACAGAGAGAUGGCCGUAUUCAGGUUAAUGACCAAAUAGUCGAGGUGGACGGUACAAGUUUAGUUGGGGUGACGCAACUGUUUGCAGCUACAGUGCUUAAAAAUACCCAAGGUGCAGUUAGAUUUCUUAUUGGGAGAGAAAAACCAGGGACGCAGAGUGAAGUGGCCCGGCUAAUCAGCGAAACGCUUGAACAAGAAAGAUGCCAACAGCAACUGUAUGAUCCCCAAUACUCAGAGGGCAGUACGGGCCAGGAAGAAGAUUUUGAAGAAGAUGAUGAAGAUGACCUGAGAUCCGAUUUACAUAGUGGGAAAUCAGUAGAAGUUUUUGAUCUGCCAGAAAGUGAAGACUCUGAUAUAUCUCUGGACAUGGAUUCAUCACAGCUGGCACUUAAAUUUAAAGAGCUUCAACUAAAACAUGCUGUCACUACGGCAGAAGUGAAUCAGCUGAAAGAAAGGAUAAAAGCCACUGAAGCCGAAAAGUUAGACUGGGAGUCCAAUAAGCAGAAAUACCAACAAUCUGUUGAGGAAAAUAAGGAAAAAAUAAAAAAGCUGGAGACAUACUGGCUAGAGGCGCAAGCACUUUGCAAAACGGUCAAUGAGCAUCUGAAAGAGACUCAAGAGCAAUAUGAUGCCUUGGAAAAGAAAUAUGCCAAAGCCAAAAAAUUGCUCAAAGACUUUCAGAUAAAGGAGCUGGAAUUUGAGAAAAAUGAAGUGGAGCAUAAUGAGCUUUUAAAAGAAAAAGACCGACUACAUACAGAAAAAAUCAAUGUGCUAAAUAGCAGGAUUUCUGAUCUUGAGUACAAGCUGUGCAAGUAUGAGCAAACCGUUCAAGGGUUCUCAGACCAUAAUCAUCAUCAGAUAAAUGAGCACAGUGCGGAAAUUGGUGAUAAUGAUCCAGCUUUGGUACAAGCUCGUGAAGCUUUGGAGGCAGAGAGCUCCCCAGUUUGUGACGAUUUAGUACCAGAUUUUGAUGAAUGUGUCAGAGAAACCCAGCGAUUAGACACUAGUGCACAUAAGGCCAAAGCACAGCUUGCUCUCAGAGUGAAACGGCAGCGGCCAUCUCGAAAUAAGCUCAAGGAGCCUACUGGGGGACAGAACAUUGCCUUGGAGGACGAUGCAGAAGAAAGUAUCCUACAAACAGAAAGUUGCAGCCUAUCUGAAAACAAAGUUGAGGAACUGGACGAGCAGACUGUCACGCCCUCUUAUCAACAUGAAGGUCAAAGAACUGAAAAGACUCGAGAAGCUGAAAGUUUAGGUAGCCUUCGGGAGUCAGAUCCCUCCAUUUCAUCCUCCUCCCUGGCACCCAGGACUAACACUGAACCCAUUCUAACCAAAAGUCAGGUUCCCACUGGGGAAGGGGUAGAUCAGACCUCCCCUGAAGCUUUUGGUAGAAAUACCAAACAGAGAGAGUCUAAAGGCAAAGGAAAAGUUUUCAAAGAUGAAAAGAGAAAUGAGGAAAAAACUGUUGAAUCCAGUGAGGGCGCAGGAAAGCAUAGAAGGCGGUUUCCAGAUUUUGGGGGACUGCGAAAGUCUGGAGGCAAAGGCAGAAAAUCUGAUAAAGAGAAUCCUAGAGGAUCCCUGGACAGUCGAGGUUCCAGAGACUUGCUGGAGGAGCCCGACAAUCAGUCGCUAUCUGAUUCUGACUCUCCAGUCCCCACUUGCAUGCCGUUCUCUUGGUUCGGAGACAGCCACAAAGAAUCUCCCUCCAGUGGCAGCCUGAACUUCUCUCCGAGCGGCCCUGACCUUACAGUGGAGCAGAGCCAAGAGAGAAGCAGGAACAAGAGCAGAAUGCUCAUAGAUGAUGCAUACAGUUACAGCCCAGGCUCUGAUCUGUCAGGGUUAGUGGCAGAGCCAACUCUGUCAGGGCGCUCACACACUUUCACCUUUUCUUCCAAUGAGGCUCUGGAUGAUGACUCCACCCCAACGGGGAAACAAAAUCAGUGGCACAGCCGGCCGGUUACCAACUGGACCACUCAGCAAGUCUGCCACUGGCUUAUGGGAAUGAAUUUGGAGCAGUAUAUCGGAGAGUUUACAUCCAAAAACAUAGACGGGCAGCAGUUAAUGCUACUGGACAGCGACAAACUAAAGGCUUUAGGUGUUUCCAGCCAUACAGACAGAGCAACAAUAAAGAAGAAGAUCAAAGAAAUUCGAAAAGCACAGGAGAAAAUGGAGAAGCAGAAGGAGAAAAUCAUGAAAAAAGGGGUAUCGAAGCCAAGUGGGAAAGCGCCAGGCACUGUGGAGUCCAACUGCUAAAGGCCACUCCCCCCACUCUGUGUGUAUAUACUUGUACAAUGGGUGGAGCUUAUAUAUAUUUGGGGUCAUUGUAUUUCAGAUUUUUUGGUAGUCUUUUUCUACUUGGAAGUCGCCUAGAGUCACAUAUAUAUAUUUUUUCCCCAAACUUUUAAUGAAAUGUGUACUGAAAUGUUUGCCGAUAGGAUGUGUAGGGAGUAGUACAGAGCGUUAUUGUGAGACCACUCGCUAAUAUGGGUUGCGCAUGGGAGAACUGUCCCUCUGUCGCCCAUAACAACACUGGUUUGCUUGUUGUGCGCCGUGCCGCUCUCUACUUAAACUCCUCGCUCUGUGGUCUUUAUUCUUUCACGUAACCACUUCUUCAUCCAAUUUAAUGGCUGCUAAUUGUGUUAGUGAGGGGGGACCAACUGCAUGGGGUGCAGAAUCCUCCAGCAGUGGCGUGCGUUGUAUAUAAAUGAGACAAAUCUCUCUUAACCUGCUGGGACCAAAGGGAUCUGGAACCUUUACGCAGUCACGGUUUCAGUCGGCCCCUUGUCCAAUGAAAUUGUAUAUAAAUAUUGUUCCGAAGGAAAUGCCUGACGCAGUCUGUUUAGAACCACUUUCCUACUGUGGCCGCUGAUAUGUUAGGCUGCCUGCCUUUUGGAAAGGGGAGAUUUUUCAUGAUCUAUGUGGCCUUUAUUCUCUUUGCACUUAUUCCUUAAAGGGGAACUAAACUCCCACAAAAAAGACCAAGUAGUGAGAUUGCUCUGCUGAGCACUUUACAAUUUACAGGAUAUUGUUUUUCCCUAGUUUUCAAGAUUUUGGCAGUUUGUGCUCUGCUUAUAGAAUGAAUUUAACCACCGCGGUGCACCCUGCUGUCUUGUUUGGUCGAAAAUGCAGUUACUGAGCAGAGAAGCAUGAAAUAUGAAAUAUUUAGAUUUUUGUUGAGCAACUAUCUGGUUGCUAGGAAACAGCAAAACCUAGAAACCUGGAUGUGCUGUAAAAGAGAAACAGGAAUAUGAAUAGAGGAGGGUCUAAAUAGAAAAAUAAGUAAGAAAAAAUAAUAAUAAUUAUAAAAUUGUUGCCUCACAGAGCAAUGGUUUUUGCCUGUUGGGUCAGUGACCCUAUUUGAAAGCUGGAAACAGUCAGAAUAAUAUAUAAACUAUUAGAAAUAAAGACCAAUUGAAAAGUUGCUAGGAAUAGGCCAUUCUAUAACAUACUAAAAGUUACCCUGAAAGUGAACCACCCCUUUAAUUUUCUGGUGUCCAGCCAGCCGACCAACCAAAACAGCAGUGGGCGGGGCAGUUUCAGAUUGAUUACAGUAGUGUAAGCGCUGCCACUGUCUCGCAGGCUCGCUGUAUUCCUGUAAAUGGCGGAAGUUCCCCCUGAGCAAUUUGACGUUGGUUUCAGUGUGUUUAGUUCCCCUUGAAUAAACUUCCCUACUGGGAAAACUACUCCACGGCUUGCCGUUUGUCCUGACUGUAAGUGUGGUCUGUGUGUGAGCGAUUGCUACUAACAGUGGCUGAGAUUAUGGUACAGGGGGGUGUAGCUGCGGGGGCACCAAUGGUACUUACAUCACUACUACUGAUUGGAGCACAUUCCUUAACCCUUGCUGGGACACACCUGGCAGUUUUAUUCCUAUGGAUUUUACCAGUAUUGCACAAUUUGUCAUUCAGCAACCACUGCGGCAAAACCUUAGUCUUGGGGUCUCGGAACGUAAUGAGGUGACGUCCUGCUGCUUUUGUGCCCGAGCGGGGGGCACGGCCGGACACGGAUUCCCAGAGACUGGAGUUUGUGUAGAACUAUUUUAUGUAGUAGUUGGGCUCGGGCUGCAUUUCAGCAUAGAGAUAGUGGGUAUAGGGGGGUAUUUUUGUACUGCUAGAGCGCUGAAUAGGGGGGUGCCACUGCUGUCUCCGGCUAUAGGGGAAUCAUUUGCAGAAGAGCAUUCUGGGAUUGGGAUUUUAUGCAAAUUUAACUGAACAAUUGGGGUCUUUUUUUUUUUUUAUAAACGCUUACAAUUAACCUGUUCAUUCCCCGUACAGAGCAGUAUAGUGUUUUAUAUAUGAGCUGAAACUGUUGAUUGAGGACCAAUUCUUCCUUUAGCUCUUCUCUCUCCCACUAAAUUAGCCCCCUAACAAGAAAAUCAUGAUCUUUAUUAGAAAGUUUUUUGAAAAAAAAAAAAAAGUUUUAUAUAAUAAAACUGACUCUUUUCUGA